AUGUGAUUACAGAAUGAAUGUGUACGGCUAGCCGGCUGAUAGCUUCGGCAAUGUUGUCAUUCUCAGAAUGAUAUCACAGCGGGACAGAGGAGAACUCGCUCGGUUUUAUACAGUGACAGAUCCUACACGGCAUCAGAAAGGCUACACUUUGUACAAAGUCACAGCCAGGUUAAUCUCUCGGAAGAACCCAGAAGAUGUCCAAGAGAUAAUAGUAUGGAAGAGAUACAGUGAUUUCCGGAAGCUACAUCAGAAUCUCUGGCAGCUGUACAAGAAUGUAUGUAGCCAUUCUGAGCUAUUUCCUCCCUUUGCGAAAGCCAAAGUAUUCGGUCGAUUCGAUGAGUCAGUGAUUGAGGAAAGAAGACAGUGCUCUGAGGAUCUCCUGCAGUUUUCUGCAAACAUUCCUGCUCUAUACAGUAGUCAACACAUUCAAGAUUUCUUCAAGGGUGGGGAGAUCCACGACGGCUCAGAUCUCAUUGGACCAGCUGAGCCUUUUUCUGACUUCCUGGCUGAUAGUUUAUCAGACUGUAGUUCUGAUGUACAAAGAGACAUCAGUGGUGCAGAGGAGUUGACUGUCACAUCUGAGUAUGGGGGCCCUUCUAGUGACAGCGACCUGACCUCUCUGGCAGUGGAUACAGACUCUUUGGCUGAGUUGGAUGAUGGCAUGGCCUCAGGUAGCACCUCCCCAAACCAGCCACAGGGGGAAGCCACCAACAUCAGCAGUAGCUGCAGUCCUCGUUUGCCCUCGCUGCUUGAACGCCGUGCCCUGUCCCCUGCCCCCGUCCCCGCCUCUUCAGCCCCUAACCCAGAGGUCAGCUGGCCAAAUCGAACACCACUCUUCUCCCGCAGUCUAAGGAAAACCAGCGGCGUCAACACUACGGACGUAAAGUCGGACUACCUCGACAAAGCCAGUGAACUGAUCGGUUUUGCUGUACAAAAGGAAACUGAGCAGGACUACCAGGCAGCAUUUUUAUACUACCGCAGUGGGGUUGACUUGCUGCUUCAAGGAGUACAAGGUGAACCAAGUGCCUCACGACGAGAGGCGGUGAAGAAGAAGACUGCUGAGUAUCUGAUGCGUGCAGAGCAGAUUUCAGGUCUGCAUCUGAGAAGCAAUAUGGGUCAGGGAUCAACACAGACUGUGGCCUUUGGAGCUCAGUGCUGUUCUUCUUCAAGCAGAGGGGGGCAGCAGAGUCCAUCUGAUGAGCUGAUAGCUUACAGGGUGAUAGGGGUCAUUAACAAGGUUCUUCUGGUCAUUGACAAGAGGACACAGGAGACAUUCAUCCUCAAAGGACUGAGGAAAAGCAGUGACUGUGGGCUGGCUAAGAAGACUAUUAUGCCUCUUUCCGUGCCCCACAUGGUGCAGUUGAGAAAGUUCAUCAUCUCUGAAGACACUGUUUUCCUUCUGCUGCACUACGCUGAGGGUGGGAAGCUGUGGUCUCACAUCGGAAAGUACCUUCGUAAUUCCAGCCCAGAGGAGAGCUUUGACAUUCCUUUCAUCCAGAAGAGCCACACAACGGCAGUACAUUCUCCUCACCACAUAAUACCACAGAUGGAUGCAGGUUCUGCCAGCUGUGAUUCAGAGCCGUAUGCUGGUUCAGAUAUUGCUUUAGGCCUUCAGAAAGAAGGGGAAAUCCCUUUCAUGUCUCCUGUUAAAAGUGCCGUCCCUGCAGGGCUCCGGGACCAAAUUGGAGCUCAGACUGACUCUGGUGCGACUUCUGAGGAGGAGUGCACAAACAGCUAUUUGACUCUUUGCAAUGAGUACGAACAAGAAAAAGUGGAACCAGAUGCACUAGAAGAGGAGGUCGAUGAGAGGAGCGAACAGGAAAUGCUGUCUUUGGAGGUGCCUAAUGCAACCGCAACAGCGUCUUCAUACAGCCGUUCGCUUCUCAGCAAUGACAGCCUUUCUUCCCCAGGAGGCUCUCAGGAACUCGGCUUCUUCAGUGAGUUUUCUGAUAAGAGCGGCCAAACAGUUGAAACAGACCAGACCCGCAGUGAAGGACAUGAUCACAGUGAAGUUUUCAGUCCUGUACGAUCCCCCACAGAACCUCUCUCUUUGGAUCAGUCCAAACACACCCCAAUGGAAUUUUUCCGCAUUGACAGCAAAGACAGCGCUAGCGAGGUCACUGGCCUUGAUUUGGGAGAGCACUGGCAUUCUCAGAAGCAGCCCCCUCAGUUUUCUACGUCUGACCUAGGUUCAGAUGUCACCGAGGAGCUACCAAAGCUGGCUCGGGAAGUAAAGAGCCCACGCUUGGAGUUGUGGGGGUUGGACAGUAGCGAUAAGGGGUCUAAUGAGUCAGUGCCUGUCAUCUCAUUUAAAGAGGCAGUAGUCGAAGAUGAGGGCCAUCCACCAGACUUAUUGGUCAAUCUUCCUGUAAUAAGUGGGACUGCAGACUUUACACAGGAGGAAUCAGAACCUUCAGGGGUGUGUUUGGCCCUUGAAGUUGCAGCCACUUCUCAAAAGUGCAUUCAGCCUGAUGUCUUACAGCUACAUAGCCAGCAUGAGGACCUGGAGGAGCAGCACCUAGAACAAGAACUUUCAUCUUUCUCUACAGCCUCUGCAACAUGUGACAAUAGUCUUGCAUGUACUUCUCUAUGGGACGAUAGCCUGGCAUUUGGACUUGAGGCAUGUGACAAAGUCUUUGAUCAAGAUGACAGUCAAAGCAGUGAUCAUCACCUAGAAACAGGGGUUUUAAAUGAGAAACCUCAACCUUGUAUAACAGGAAACACAGACUUUGCUCCAGGCCUCAGUGACACCACCACAACCUCUAUCUCAGCUAUGAACGGUACUCCGGCUUGCACAGUCGUUGAGAGUUUAUUAGAUCUUGAUGGUGAAUCAUCAGGAGUCAAUAAAGCCACAGGUGGCAGCGACUUUGAUAAAGAAGUGUCACGGCUGUUUGCAGAGUUAGACGAGCUGUCGUUGGCUGCCACCCAAGCUCAUAUCCCAGAGGAGUUUGUGCGAUGUUGGACAGUAGAAAUUGUUACGGCCUUGGACUGUCUGCAUCAAGAGGGCAUCAUCUGCCGGGACUUGAAUCCCAAUAACAUCCUGCUUGACCAUCAAGGGCAUGUGCAGCUCACCUACUUUUGUAGUUGGUGUGAUGUGGAGGAAUCCUGUGACAAGGAGGCAAUGGCCAAUAUGUACUGUGCACCAGAGGUGGGAGGGAUCAGUGAGGAGACGCCGUCCUGUGAUUGGUGGAGUUUGGGCGCCAUCCUCUUUGAGCUCCUGACAGGCACGUCGCUGCUGAGCUGCCAUCCAGCAGGAAUUGGCCGUCACACAGCUCUCAACAUCCCAGAGUGUGUUUCAGAGGAGGCCAGAUCUCUGCUGGAGCAGUUACUCCAGUAUAACCCAAUGGAGAGACUGGGAGCCGGCGUGGGAGGAGUUGAUGACAUUAAGUCCCACCCCUUCUUUGCCACUGUGAACUGGGCCAAAUAGAUGCACAGCCAGACAUUCAAAUUCCCACAUGCUACGUGGAUAGUGGGGGGUUUUUCUACACACCCUUGUGAAAAUGUCAGAUUUUUUUAUGUGUACAAAUGAAACCAUGAUGAAUUGUUUCAAACUCUUUCCACCUUUAAUGUAACAAGUAUGCUACACAAUUCAACUAUAAAACAAAUGUACUUGAGGGAAACAUGUAAAAGAAGAAAAAGUUGACCAAAUGUGAAUACCCUUAAAUUAAUAAUAUGUUAACACAUGGUUAAAUUCAGUAUUAGUUUUUUAGUUUGAGACGUAUAGCCUGCUACAUCUUAACUUAAUAUUUACCUCCUUUACUUUCCAAAAGUUACCUAAAUGUGUAAGAUUCAGAUGACAUAUUUAAUCUACAGGAGGUCUACGAGAAACCUCAAAGACUUUCUGUCAGAUGACAUUCUGAGCUCUUUGAUUUCAGAAUCUUAAUUCUCCUCUGUUAAUACAAGAGGAGAAUUAAGAUAAUUGUUUUGUGAAUUACAUUUUUAAAACAAAUCAUGCAGGAAAACAAAACCUUGCUUCAUCUUCUGCAGAAAGACUAGACAUCUAAGCCCAGAGGAUGGUGUUUCUACCACCAUGUUUCAAUUUGGGUAUUAUAAUCUUUAGUAAUGCUCCAUGCGUUUUGUACCAAACAUAAAUAUAUUUAAGUUGUAUUUAACUUAUUCUUCUCCUCCUACAAGGUCUAAGAAGAUUUUAACCAGACCUUGAGAUUUUCUUUCCAAGAAUUCUCUUUUUUUUAACCACUUUACUGCUCUGUCCAGACUUAUGGAGAGGUGAUUGUUGUCAAAGGACAAUUAGUACGAACCAGAUUAAGGUUUUAGUCUUAGGUUCUCAUCUUUGUUUAAUGACUGUUGUAACUAUGACGUGUAUAGUAUAGAUAAAGCUGACGAGUCUUUUUUUUUUUUUUUUGCUUUUCCUGACUGAUACCUUUGUAAACUGAACUUUAUCUAAAAUAUGCAAAAGGGAUAAUAACAAGAAUGACAAGAAAAUCAUUUUAAAACAGGAAAUAAAGCUGAGCUUUAUUUCAGAUUCACUAUAUCCCAUGGCAGGUGUGUUUCAACAAUGUAUUAGUUUUAUGUUUAACAUCAGGUUGUUGCAGUUUUUUAGAUUUUUUUUACAGGUUUCCCUUAACAAUUUUUUUUUUUCAAUUGAAUAAUAUUGGGUCUAUGUCAGAUUAAUGGUGGAAAGACAACUGAAAAUAUAUAUAUUUUUUUCCCAUCAGAAAGAACUCCCAUUUUAUUGGGACUGUGUGGACUUUUUACAUCCACUGUAGAGUGAAAUCAGAUUAUGCAUUUUCUCACAAACCUUUAAUCACGUUCAAAGUAUCAGAUCAUGAGUGUAAAGUUUUCCCCCUUCACCUCAUUGAUUGUGAGUUGUUUUGUGCAGGGAACGGUGCAACGGUACGAGGUAAUAAUUCACUACAAUGCUGUUGCUUUUCCACUCCUCAUUCAGUCUCAAUAUCUUCACUACAUUAACUCUGUGUCAGGAAGACAUCAUUAUUGACAGAGGAUUAUGUAAUCAUCCCAUUUAUUGUUUCUCAUUACUCAAGGAGCUCACAGACUGACUGACGUAAAACUGUGCGGCUAUGAUUUAAAAACCGAAGUCUAAAUACCAGCCUAAGAACAGCAGCAUUAAGGGACUCUAUGCAAAGGUGCAUAAGCAAAAUACUCAGAGAAAGUCAAUGUUUGUUGUUGAAUUUAGUCAUAGUCGAAUUAUUUAAUAGAUUAGUACAGAGAAAAGUCUCAGGAGUAGAGUCAUCUCUGUGCAGAAAUCUGAGAAAGCCUCAAGCGCGCAUUUGUAAACGGCCCUUUUACAGUUUGAAGAUAUUUUUAUGAUUCAGAGAAAAAUCUCUGCCCUUUGCUCUUUACCCUGCAUUUUGUGCAUGUUGAAUUAGAAUCACUGUAAUAUAUUUAAAGCAAUGAAAAGUUUGUGGAAUAAUAAAUGGCUUUUGUCUUGUAAAAAUAUCUUUUUAAGAAUGCUGUGUUUGGUAAAAUGUAAACAUGGAAAAAUCUUGAUCAUGUUCAACUUUGUCAAUCACUUGCCAGUCAAAAUCUUAAUUCGAGACACUGGAGUAACACAUUUACCAAUUUGCCACAAAGGUUUAAAUAAGAUUUUGAUUCUACUGUGGCUGGUUUACAUUUUUCUAGUUGCAGACCUUACCAUGUAUCACUUCUGUGUCAUUAUGAGUUGAUUCUCAAAAUAGUUGAAUCAGAAACAUGUCUCCACUGUAAAUAUGACUCUCCUGCUCUUCACUAAACAUGGUGAAAUACAUUGUAAGUUGCUAGCUUUAAUAACAGUUGUUUUUUUAUUAGAAACAUUGUUGCUGCUGAUUUUUAUUAUUAUUAUUAUUAUUAUUAUUAUUAUUAUUGUGCUCCCUUUUGUCCAUGCUCUGUGUUGUGUCAGUGCAUUUUGGAGAACAAUAAACCAUACCUGGAUGACUAAAGCGAA